CUAGGGUGGCAGAACGUCAAAAAGGGCAACCCUUGGCAGCCCAUCCAUGGAUCGUGAUUGGAUCUUGCUCGGCAAGUAACCCAGCACUCAAGUCUCACAUCACUUCAAUGAACUCCCCACGCUCUGAUCCCGUAGAUACGGAAUACAGACCGCAACUUGGACACCGAGCCUGAGUUGCAAGGCGAAUGGCUCACACUGGUCCAUUGAGUCAUCCGAUAUGCUCCACUUUGGCAGUUUCCUGACCGGAUGAGCGACGAAACACAAGGCACCUAUCGUCCCAGGCCUUGCGGUCUGCCUUGGGGCUUGUUGAAGGACUCACCGAGCAGAUGUCCGCCCUGCCGCCUCCUUGCCUCACCUUGGAGGUCGGGGCGCGCCCAAGUUGCCAUGGCCAAGCAACAACGCAAAGGUCGGGACCUAAACAAGAUGGCUUUAACACGUGUCGCUGUUUGUUACUCGAUCUGUCUGCCAGCCAGGUCCCGUCUACCCGCUCCGACCUCCAUCACACUAGUUAGCUGAGCCCUCAGCGUCUUCUUCCGAUCCUGCCCGCUAUGUCCUCGCACCGCAGUUCCGGUGUUGUUCUUGUCCAAGCCGGAAGGCGCCCGUCCACCUCCCUGUCUUCACGGGCAUCCACCUAUUCUUCGUCCUCCUCUUCCUACACAACGAGUCCCUUUUCCAUGGACUCUUCCAGCUCCUCCCAGUCCACCACCGACACACUGUUCCGUUCUGGAUCGUCGACCGGCUUCUACACGGACGUCAAAGAGGUCACAAGCUCCCGGAGUGGGCAGACCAUCGUGAUCGUCCACCAUGGUCGUCCCAGCUACGACAAGAACGAGCCCAGGUCAUCCGACUACCAACACUCAUGGACUGCCUCCAAAUCGAAGUAGCGGGCUCAACAGCGGUGUCGCGGCGCGGGGAACGCAGAACUGACGGCAUGGGUCUCACCUUCUCGCAUUGUCAUCGCCGGCGUUGAUUUUGGCUGCUGGGAAUCCACUGGCGUUACUGGCGUUUUGGAACAGAGGCGUGUAUCCAGCAAUGGAGUGGUCUGGUUGGCAGUCUUGGUUUUUGCUGUUUUGGGGUUCUUGGGACCAUAGAAGUCGGGUAGUUGUGGGCGUAACGCUCUCACAAAUAUUAAGCGAUGCGUUGUCGACCGGUGAACGCGCCUAUG